CUGAGAUUUUUCUUUCCCCUUGGAGGAGAGGAUUAAAAGUUCUCAGAACUGGUGCCGCCCGUGCCGCUCGGGCGCUGGGACGCCGUUUGCCGGCGGGGGUUCCAGUCCCACCAUGUGCACCAACAUAGUUUACGAGUGGCUGAAAGCGCUGCAGCUCCCGCAGUACGCGGAGUCCUUCGUGGAUAACGGCUACGAUGACCUGGAGGUGUGCAAGCAGAUCGGGGACCCGGAUCUGGACGCCAUCGGGGUGCUGGCGCCCGCGCACCGGCGCCGCAUCCUGGAGGCCGUGCGCCGGCUGCGGGAGCAGGACGCCGCCGCCGCCGGCCUCUACUUCACGCUGGAGCCGCAGCCGCCGCCCGCACCACCCGGGCCGCCCGCGGUCGCUGUCCCCACUCGCCGCCGGGGGGAGCCUUGCGGCGGCCAGGCCCAGGGCCCCCACGGGGACCCCCGCAGCCAGACGACCGCCCCUCGCGGCAGGGAGCUGGUGAGCUACCCGAAACUGAAGCUGAAGAUCAUGAUCAGGGAUAAGCUCGUCCGCGACGGCAUCCACCUGAGCAAGCCCCCGUACUCCCGCAAGUUCCCCAACCAGCGAUCGAACCUGCACCCACUGCAUUGGAAGCCCAGAAUCUUAACCACUGGACUGCCAGGGAAGUUCCGGCAGCUAAAUUUCUUGAAAGUCCCAAUGGCUGGCAUCCUAGAGUUCUUAAUGAAUUGGCCGAAGUCAUCACAGAACCGCUAGAUAUCAUUUUUGAGAACUCGUGGAGGACUGAUGAGGUGCCUGAAGACUGGAAAAGGGCAUAUUUAGAACCUUCUUUCAAAAAGGGAAAUGGAUGAUGACCCUGGAAAUACUCAUCAGCCUAACUUUUUGCUUGGAAAAAUUCUGGAAUAAUCAACUUAGUACACUGGUUACUGUUUUAAAAAGGGACUGUGUGAGAAGGCCCUUUGGAGAGCCGAAUUGGAACAGCAUUAUGAACCCUGGACUGUGUGCUCGUGCAACGCUGUAAUUUGCAAACAUAUGUCCUCUGUUCAAUAAACGUUAACAG